UUUACUUAUAUUAACAAAAUUUAAAAGCUUGUAAAUUACAUAUUAUUAGCUAACCCAUCUUUGUAAUUGUUAACUUCUUAGCGCCAUAGUCCGGAGAACGGUGAAAUGUUGAAUCUGCACCGAACCCUCAUAGUACCGCUAAAUCCCAUUUCUACCACCCUCAGCCACUUCGCCACUCUUCCACCACCGUCGCCACCACUGCCGCCGUCACUGCUACCACCGGACCCCGUCGUAAUCUCCAACCUCAUACUUCAAUCCAGCCCAGAAUCAUUAUCAGAUACCCUUCACACCCUCACGCAAUGGACACCGGUCCUCGUCCAAGCUGUACUAAAGCGUCUAUGGAACCACGGCCCGAAAGCCCUCCAAUUUUUCAACCUCCUCGAUCACCACCGUUCGUAUACUCACUCCACCACAGCCUUCGAUCACGCCAUUGACAUCGCUGCUCGGAUGCGCGAUUACAAGACUCUGUGGAAACUUGUGGCCCGAAUGCAGUCUCGGCGGCUUGGCCCGAACCCGAAGACAUUCGCUAUCAUCACUGAGAGGUAUGUCUCCGCUGGGAAAGCUGAUAAAGCUGUGAAUGUUUUCCUGUCUAUGCAUAAACAUGGUUGCCCUCAAGAUUUGAGUUCUUUCAAUGCAUUUCUCGACGUGCUUUGCAAAUCAAAACGGGCCGAGAUGGCUCUUAAGUUGUUCAAGAUGUUUAGGAGCAGGUUUAAAGCUGAUACAAUUAGUUAUAAUACACUUGCGAAUGGGUUUUGUUUAGUUAAGAGGACACCCAAAGCACAGGAAAUUUUGAAAGAAAUGGUAGAGAGAGGUCUUAAUCCGACCAUAACUACAUAUAAUAUAAUGCUUAAUGGGUUCUUUAGAGCAGGGCAGAUUAAGGAAGCUUGGGAAUUCUUUUUGCAGAUGAAGAAGAGGAAAUGUGAUAUUGAUGUCGUGACUUACACUACUUUAGUUCACGGGUUUGGUGUUGCGGGUGAGGUUGAGAAGGCUCAAAAGUUGUUCAAUGAGAUGGUGGGGGCUGGUAUACUUCCCUCUGUUGCAACUUAUAAUGCUCUGAUACAAGUUAUGUGUAAGAAAGAUAGUAUGGAAAAUGCUAUUUUAGUUUUCAAUGAGAUGUUGAGGAAAGGUUAUUUGCCGAAUGCCACAACUUAUAAUGCCAUUAUAAGGGGAUUGUGCCAUGUCGGAAAAAUGGACAAUGCUAUGGAGUAUAUGGAUAAGAUGAACGAGGAUGGGUGUGAACCAAAUGUUCAGACUUAUAAUGUUGUCAUCCGAUACUAUUGUGAUGAAGGGGAAAUUGAGAAGAGCCUGAGGGUGUUUGAGAGGAUGAGUACCGGGGAUUGUUUACCUAAUUUGGACACAUACAAUAUCUUGAUAAGUGCAAUGUUUGUGAGGAAGAAAUCAGAUGAUCUAUUAGUGGCUGGGAAAUUAUUGACCGAAAUGGUUGACAGAGGGUUUCUUCCUCGAAAAUUUAUCUUCAACCGGGUCCUAAAUGGUCUUCUGCUAACUGGUAAUCAAGAUUUCGCAAAGGAGAUUUUGAGGUUGGUAAGCAAAUCUGGCCGCCUCCCCUGUCAUUUUAAAUUGUGAGCACAACAGCAUAGGUAUGAUAUCAAACUUACUGCCCUUUUGAAGCCUAAUGAAACAGUAAAGCUCUAAAUCUGUGAUGGGUUUGUCACGUGCCAUGGACAGGCAUGAUGAACGUGAAGAGUUUGAGAUCAACAUGACUUUAAAAGCAUGCCAUUAUAUUUAUGCAGCAGCUUAUGAGCAUGUUUGUCGCGUCUCGUGAAAUUCAAUAGUGUGGUAAGAUGUGGAAAA